AUGCACAAGCACCAGCACUGCUGUAAGUGCCCCGAGUGCUAUGAGGUGACCCGCCUGGCCGCCCUGCGGCGCCUCGAGCCUCCGGGCUAUGGGGACUGGCAGGUGCCCGACCCCUACGGGCCAGGUGGGGGCAACGGGGCCACCUCCGGUUAUGGAGGCUACAGCUCCCAGACCCUGCCUUCGCAGGCGGGGGCCACCCCCACCCCUCGCACCAAGGCCAAGCUCAUCCCCACCGGCCGGGACGUGGGGCCAGUGCCCCCUAAGCCAGUCCCGGGCAAGAGCACCCCCAAACUCAACGGCAGUGGCCCCGGCUGGUGGCCUGAGUGCACCUGUACCAACCGGGACUGGUAUGAGCAGGGCAGCCCUGCACCCCUCCUAGUGAACCCCGAGGCCCUGGAGCCCAGCCUCUCGGUCAACGGUAGCGACGGCAUGUUCAAAUACGAGGAGAUAGUACUUGAGCGGGGCAACUCCGGCCUGGGCUUCAGUAUUGCAGGUGGCAUCGACAACCCCCAUGUCCCCGAUGACCCUGGCAUCUUUAUUACCAAGAUCAUCCCUGGGGGAGCAGCUGCCAUGGAUGGGAGGCUGGGGGUGAAUGACUGUGUACUGCGAGUGAAUGAGGUGGACGUGUCGGAGGUGGUACACAGCCGGGCCGUGGAGGCACUGAAGGAGGCAGGCCCUGUGGUGCGGUUGGUGGUGCGGAGGCGACAGCCCCCACCCGAGACCAUCAUGGAGGUCAAUCUGCUGAAAGGGCCCAAAGGCCUGGGGUUCAGCAUCGCUGGGGGCAUUGGCAACCAGCACAUCCCAGGAGACAACAGCAUCUACAUCACCAAGAUCAUUGAGGGAGGAGCGGCUCAGAAGGACGGACGCCUACAGAUCGGGGACCGGCUGCUGGCGGUGAACAACACCAAUCUGCAGGAUGUGAGGCAUGAGGAAGCUGUGGCCUCACUGAAGAACACAUCGGAUAUGGUCUAUCUGAAGGUAGCCAAGCCAGGCAGCCUCCACCUCAACGACAUGUACGCUCCCCCCGACUACGCCAGCACUUUUACUGCCUUGGCUGACAACCAUAUAAGCCAUAAUUCCAGCCUGGGUUAUCUGGGGGCUGUGGAGAGCAAGGUCAGCUACCCUGCUCCUCCCCAGGUUCCCCCCACCCGCUACUCUCCUAUCCCCAGGCACAUGCUGGCCGAGGAGGAUUUCACCAGAGAGCCCCGCAAGAUCAUCCUGCACAAGGGCUCCACAGGCCUGGGCUUCAACAUCGUAGGAGGAGAGGAUGGAGAAGGCAUCUUUGUCUCCUUCAUCCUGGCAGGAGGCCCAGCCGACCUGAGUGGGGAGCUGCGCAGGGGAGACCGGAUCUUAUCGGUGAAUGGAGUGAACUUGAGGAAUGCAACUCAUGAGCAGGCCGCAGCUGCUCUGAAACGAGCUGGCCAGUCAGUCACCAUCGUGGCCCAGUACAGACCUGAAGAGUACAGUCGCUUUGAAUCGAAGAUACAUGACUUGCGAGAACAAAUGAUGAACAGCAGCAUGAGCUCUGGGUCUGGGUCCCUGCGAACAAGCGAGAAGAGGUCCUUGUAUGUCAGGGCCCUGUUUGAUUAUGACCGGACUCGGGACAGCUGCCUGCCCAGCCAGGGACUCAGCUUCUCUUACGGUGACAUCCUGCACGUCAUUAAUGCCUCUGAUGAUGAGUGGUGGCAGGCAAGGCUGGUGACCCCCCAUGGAGAAAGCGAGCAGAUCGGCGUGAUUCCCAGUAAGAAGAGGGUGGAAAAGAAAGAGCGAGCUCGAUUGAAAACCGUGAAGUUCCAUGCCAGGACGGGGAUGAUCGAAUCAAACAGGGACUUCCCUGGGUUAAGUGACGAUUAUUAUGGAGCAAAGAACCUGAAGGGAGUGACAUCCAACACCAGUGACAGCGAAAGCAGUUCCAAAGGACAAGAGGAUGCUAUUUUGUCAUAUGAGCCAGUGACGCGACAAGAAAUUCACUACGCAAGGCCCGUGAUCAUCUUGGGCUCAAUGAAGGACCGAGUCAAUGAUGACCUGAUCUCCGAGUUCCCGCAUAAAUUUGGAUCCUGUGUACCACAUACUACCCGCCCUCGUCGUGACAACGAGGUGGACGGACAAGACUACCACUUUGUGGUGUCCCGAGAGCAGAUGGAGAAGGAUAUCCAGGACAACAAGUUCAUUGAGGCAGGCCAAUUCAACGAUAAUCUCUAUGGGACCAGCAUCCAGUCAGUGCGAGCAGUCGCGGAGAGGGGCAAGCACUGCAUCUUAGACGUCUCCGGCAAUGCUAUCAAGAGACUGCAACAAGCACAACUUUACCCCAUUGCCAUUUUCAUCAAGCCCAAGUCCAUCGAAGCGCUUAUGGAAAUGAACCGACGGCAGACAUACGAACAAGCAAAUAAGAUCUAUGACAAAGCCAUGAAGCUGGAGCAGGAGUUUGGAGAAUACUUCACAGCCAUUGUACAGGGUGACUCACUGGAAGAGAUUUAUAACAAAAUCAAACAGAUCAUUGAGGACCAGUCUGGGCACUACAUUUGGGUCCCGUCCCCUGAAAAACUCUGAAGAAUCCCCUCCAACCAUUCUCUUGUGAACAGAAGAAAUCAAGUCCCUCUUCCCUCCUCCCUCUUCACUCCUGUCCCCUUGGGGAGAACAAAUGACUACUGUUCUUGUCCCCUUUUUUAGAUAUGUCCAAAAAAUUGA